AAAAAUAUAACGGACGAACCCUCUUUUCUUUUUCAAUCCCCUCUAGUUUAGGUGGUCAAGCCUUUGUCGUUUUGGGUUACUCUCCCACUACAAAUACUCACUGAACUCACCCUUCUUCCCUAGCUCUGAUCAACCCUCUUCUACCUUUUACUUUGAUUUUCAUUUUAAAUUGUUUUCUUUUUGUGUUUGUGUUUCAGUGUUGAAGAUGAGUUCGAGCUCGGGUUUGGUGAGUUUUGUUGAGUCUGUAUUGGGAAUGUCGUUGGGGGGUUCGGUGACGGAUUCUAUGCUAAUGAUAGCAACAACGUCGUUGGCGGUGAUUCUGGUGUUCUUGAUUUUUCUCUGGAAAAAUUUAGCCUCUCAACGAAGCCCUGAUGUUAAGCUUUUGGUUGCUUCUAAGCCUGUUUCACUCAAGGUUGAUGAAGAUGAUGACGCCCUUGUCGCUUCCGGUAAAAAAAAAGUCACCAUUUUUUACGGCACCCAGACGGGAACUGCUGAGGGAUUUGCUAAGGCUUUGGCUGAAGAGAUCAAGGCAAGAUAUGAGAAAGCAGCAGUCAAAGCUGUUGACCUGGAUGAUUAUGCUGUUGAUGAUGAAGAGUAUGAAGAGAAGCUUAAAAAGGAGACUUUGGCUUUUUUCAUGGUGGCCACUUAUGGAGACGGGGAGCCAACCGAUAACUCUGCUAGAUUUUACAAAUGGUUUACUGAGGGGAAUAAAAGGCAGUCCUGGCUUCAACGACUCACAUAUGGUGUUUUUGGUCUAGGUAACCGUCAAUAUGAACAUUUUAACAAGAUAGCAAAGGUGCUUGAUGAGCAACUUUCAGAACAAGGUGCCAAACGUCUUAUCGAAGUUGGUCUUGGUGAUGAUGAUCAAUGUAUUGAAGAUGAUUUCACUGCAUGGAGAGAAUUGCUGUGGCCAGAGUUAGAUCAACUUCUUAGAGAUGAAGAUGAUGAAAAUAUCGCCUCUACCCCAUAUACAGCUGCUAUUCCUAAAUACAGAGUAGUGAUUCAUGAUCCCUCUAUGAUGCACAUUGAGGAUAAUCACUCAAAUACGGUAAAUGGGAAUGCUUCACAUGACAUCCACCAUCCAUGCAGAGUUAAUGUUGCUGUCCAGAGAGAGCUCCACAAGCCAGAAUCUGAUCGCUCUUGCAUACAUCUGGAGUUCGACAUAUCAGGAACUUCUAUAACAUAUGAAACUGGCGAUCAUGUCGGUGUUUAUGCUGAUAAUAGCAUUGAGACUGUCGAGGAAGCAGCCGGAUUGUUGGGUCAACCUCUUGAUUUGCUGUUUUCCAUACAUACUGACAACAAAGAUGGCACGCCCUCCGGAAGCUCAUUGCCACCUCCUUUCAGCGGUCCAUGUACACUUAAAACAGCCUUGGCACGAUAUGCAGAUCUCUUGAACCCUCCGCGGAAGGCUGCUUUGGUUGCGUUGGCUGCUCAUGCCACUGAACCCAGUGAAGCGGAAAGACUCAGGUUCUUGUCAUCACCGCAGGGGAAGGAUGAGUACUCACAAUGGGUUGUUGGAAGUCAAAGAAGUCUUCUUGAGGUUAUGGCUCAGUUCCCAUCUGCAAAACCUCCCAUUGGUGUAUUUUUUGCUGCUAUAGCCCCUCGACUACAGCCGCGUUAUUAUUCUAUCUCAUCCUCCCCUAGGUUUGUAUCUGGUAGAAUUCAUGUAACCUGUGCUUUAGUUUAUGGUCCAACUCCAACCGGAAGAAUUCAUCGGGGUGUGUGUUCGACCUGGAUGAAGAAUGCAGUUUCUCUGGAGAAAAAGAGUGAUUGUAGCGGGGCUCCUAUUUUUAUCAGGCAAUCUAAUUUUAAGCUACCAGCAGAUCCUUCAAUUCCGAUCAUCAUGGUUGGACCUGGGACUGGAUUAGCACCUUUCCGAGGUUUUCUACAGGAAAGAGUGGUCCUUAAAGAAGAUGGUGCAGAACUUGGUCCAUCUCUACUCUUUUUUGGAUGUAGGAAUCGGAAAAUGGUUCGGGAUUUCAUUUACGAAGAUGAGCUCAAUAAUUUGGUGGAACAAGGUGCUCUAUCCGAGCUCAUCGUUGCAUUCUCACGAGAGGGCCCACAAAAGGAGUAUGUUCAACAUAAGAUGAUGGAUAAGGCAGCACAUAUAUGGAGCCUAAUAAGCAAGGGAGGAUAUCUUUAUGUAUGUGGCGAUGCCAAGGGUAUGGCAAGAGAUGUUCAUCGCACCUUGCACACCAUCGUUCAGGAGCAGGGGAACAUGGAGUCUUCAAAGGCGGAGUCUAUGGUGAAGAAACUCCAGAUGGAAGGACGAUAUCUUAGAGAUGUGUGGUGAUGGUGGGCGUUUUCAUUUCCUCAGCAGUUCUUCAGAACAUCCAUGCCAAAUAUGGUGGUGGAUUAGGUUUAUAUUUUCUAGCUCUAGUGUGUCCGGAGUAAAAGCAGUCAGGUAGUAUGGUACCCGGUUCAUCCGGUAGUAAGAGUUGUCUAUAGAUGUUAGUCCGCCUUAGUUUUUCUAAUCUCAAAUAAACCUAGGAAUAGAAGGAUAAUUUGUUUGUAGACAUCCAAAAUGGAAAUAGGGAUGCCAAAACAUAGUGAAAGCUGUUUCUAGGUUAUUUGGGAUGGUCAUGGUGUUUGUAGUGAAAAUAAUAAAUAAAUAAAAGAAGUUGUAAAUUAAA